UUUUCUCUCUCUGUCUCUCUAUUUUGUGUGCGUUACGCCAAGUUGGAAUAAAUAAACAUGGCCACGCGGUCCGAACUGGCGCCUCAUGCUUUGAAAAGGAUUGUAAAAGAAUUGCAAUCGUUAGAACGUUCACCUCCCGAGGAUAUUCAAGUACUCAACAAUGAACAAGAUCUAACAGAGAUUCAGGCGUGGAUCCGUGGGCCAGACGGUACGCCUUACGAGAAUGGAUACUUUAAAAUACGUUUAUUAUUAAAUGAAGGCUAUCCAGAAACUCCACCAAAAGGCUAUUUUACCACAAAGAUCUUCCAUCCCAAUGUAGCUUCAAGCGGUGAAAUUUGUGUCAACACAUUAAAGAAGGACUGGAAAGCAGAAUUAGGCAUUGCCCAUGUGCUACUGACGGUCAAAUGUCUUCUUAUUGUUCCUAAUCCAGAAUCGGCAUUGAAUGAGGAAGCCGGCAAAUUAUUGUUGGAACAAUACGAUGACUAUGCAAAACGCGCCAAAUUGUACACAACGAUCCACGCUAAACAUGGCAAAUCAGAAUUUCAUAAACUAUUCGCAGAGCGAGCCCCAUCACUGGCACAAUCGUCUUCUUCAUUGUCGUCGCAAAAAGAAGGAGAAAAGAAUGGCGAUAAGGAACAACCCAACAGCACGGCAUCAACAACAACUAUUACCACGACUACUACCAUCACCACGACAGCAUCCAAAACAUCCACUAUUCCAGCACAACAAAAUGAAAACCCGAGUGUAAUCACGAGUGGGUCGUCUGCAGUAAUAGCGUCCGCAAAACAAAAAGAGGAGUCUGCAACGACGAUGACGAUGAUUACGACUGCUUCUGGAACGCCCAAUGCGUCUGUGGGUGGCAAUGUGCUGACGCCAUCAGCAGUUAGCAACAAUAUCCCGGCACAAACUAGUAGUAUGAAGCGACCUGCUGGUGAAUUACAGCAAGACGGAAAAGACGAAGUGGAAACCCCAUCUAGCAAACAACCACGCGUGGAAACACUGCCUAAAAAAAAGCCAGCUCCAACAGCAGAUAGGAAAAAACGUCUUCGACGAUUGUAGAAGAAAAAUAUAUGUCUGGUCAAACGUGUAGCAAUCUGUUGUUUGUUAUUCUUUGCUUCUUUGUUCUUCCUUCCCCUUAACCCCAGAAUAUCAAACAAUCCACAUACUCGCCUUUCUCUUUCCCCCGCAGUCAUUACAUACUUUCAGAUACUUUUCGUCUUCUCAUAUAAAUAGCAUCUUAUCAUGUCGGUACUCUACCUCACCUUAUCACCGGUUCUUUUGGUAUGUUUUGCAUCCUACCUACUAGGGAAUAGAAAAUGAG